AACGUCGACAAGAUAACAUACAUAGUGGUUUGCAUAUUCGUACUUUUCGCAACUCAUUUCCUGUGUGUGUAAUGGUGGAUUACAUUAACUUUGUAAUCGAAUCCACCGUGGCAAGCGACGCACGUUUCCAUGUGUGUCCUCACCCACAACGUUGCAUGAAGUCGGAUGCUGACCGCAUGCGAGCAGUUUUGUUUCACUUCUGUCAGUUACGGAUAUGUCACUUGCAGAAUGGACCUCUUCGUAGAAAAAUUUAAUAAAGCAAACUGAGCAAGUCUGGACCAAACAUGGAUGAGUCAACGAACAGUCUUGACGAUGUCUCAGCAGGCAGCAGUGCUGAGUUUCCAGACAGGAUGUCCCUCAUGGAGCUGCGCUUACAGGCCCAGGAAGACGAGAUCACACUACUCAAGUCGUCCUUAGCAGAUGCUCUCCGCAGACUCCGCAUCCACGACCAACAGAUUCCUCUACUCAAACAGCACUUGAUCGCUGUGAAUCCUAACGCAGCCCGAGCGCUGAAUCAGUCCUGCUGUGCUGAUGGCUUCUCCAGAGCCCACAGACUGCCAAGCAGCAGUUCCCAGGAUGCACCAAGCACUUCAGCCACAAGUCAAGUGACAAACUCAGCUGGCAAUGUGGAGAGCAACAGACUUAAUGCUAGACCCAGUAGCCCCAUGCAAAAGCAGGGCACUCACGACAGAGCCACCCAGACAGAGAGCUCUGUCCUGGGGCUUGACAGGGUUCCUCUGGCUCUAACACGGACUGUGCAAAGCUUGUCUCUGGAGGAUGCCCUACCUGACAGCAUCCAGGCAGCGGAAACAACUCUAAAGAAACAGCAGGGGGAGUCAUUGGAGGAGGAGGAGAAGGGGGGGUCAGGGGGAGAGAAGGACUCCACGUGGUCCUCUCUGGUGGAGGAGCCCAUCCAGCCCACCACCAUCAGAGGCCUGCAGGCCAAUCAGAACAGAGGCCUGGAGGACCAGCAGGGCCCAGGGCCCCACACACCCAUGUCCGACUCUCCAGCCCCCCCCAAAGAGCAGAGCCCACACUCUGGACCCCUCUCCACCAUCCAGGAACUGGAAAAGACACUGGUUCGAAGGAACAGUGAGAAGCUUGGGAAGGACUCGCAGGAGCGGACGAAACAAAGGCUGAGCCGAAAAGCUGCCUCCUCUGCCAACCUCCUCACCCGUUCCCCCAGCCUGGAGAGCCGAGCAAAAGAUCUUCUCUCAGGAUCCCAAGGAUCAAGAAGAGGGACUCAAGCUCAGUCGAUAAAGAUGUUCAUCCGUGGGCGUCCAAUCACCAUGUAUGUGCCCUCAAACAUCCAGAACUAUGAGGAGCUGAAGAUGGAUUUGCCCUCAGAGAAGCUGGAGUUGGACUGGGUCUAUGGUUACCGUGGACGGGACUGCCGAGCUAACCUGUAUGUGUUGCCAUCUGGAGAGGCUGUGUAUUUCAUUGCCUGUGUGGUCGUACUGUACCACAUCAGCAACCAAACACAGCGCCACUACCGCAAACACACUGACUGUGUACGCUGUUUAGCCAUUCACCCAGAUAAUGUACGCAUAGCAUCUGGACAGACGGCAGGAGUGGACAAAGAUGGCAAGCCUUUGCAGGCCUUUGUGCACAUUUGGGAUUCAACAACGCUGGUGACUCUGCAGCAGAUUGGACCGGGCACCUUUGAACGAGGCAUUGCCUCUGUGGCUUUCUCUCAUGCUGAUGCUGGAACGUUGCUGUGUGUGAUUGAUGAAUCUAAUGAACACAUGCUGUCUGUUUGGGACUGGGCCAAAGGAAUCAAGCAAGCUGAAGUGAAGAGCACAAAUGAGGCAGUGCUGGCUGUGGAGUUCAACUCAUCAGACAGCAACAACAUCAUCACUUGUGGAAAGUCACAUGUCUACUUCUGGACCUUAAGUGCUGGCACAUUGACGAAAAAGCAGGGCAUAUUUGGGAAAUACAAGAAGCCCAAAUUUAUUCUGUGCUUCGUAUUCAGUUUGACGGGAGACGUAUUAACAGGAGACUCUGAGGGAAACAUCCUCACAUGGGGAAAAUCAGCCGCUGAUGUCAAGACGCUGGGAAAAGGAGCAAAGGAAACCUUCCAGAUCAUGCGGCAGACACGGGCUCACGAGGGCAGCGUCUUCACCCUGUGUGUCCUGCAGGGCGGUGCUCUUCUCAGUGGUGGCGGUAAAGAUCGCAGGAUUAUUCGCUGGAGUGCUGAUCUGGCACCUGAAAGGGAGUGUGAGAUUCCAGAGAAGUACGGAGCCGUUCGCACCAUUGCCGUUGUGGACAGUGAAGAACUGCUAGUCGGAACAACACGAAAUGCAAUUCUCAGAGGGACAUUUUCGGAUGGCUUUGUUGCCAUUGUGCAGGGUCAUGUUGAUGAAAUGUGGGGUCUGGCCACACACCCCACCCAACAUGUCUUCCUCACCUGUGGAAAUGACAAACAGGUGUGUGUGUGGAACGCUGAAGAGCAUACUCUGGACUGGUGCACCAUGCUAGAGGAAUCUGGACUGUGUGCUGACUUCUCUCCUAAUGGGGCUUUUGUUUCUAUUGGACUGAACAGUGGGAGGUGGUUGGUGCUCGACCUGCAAACCAGAGAGAUCGUGUCUGAUUUGGUGGAUGGAAACGAGCAGCUGUCCGCCAUGAGAUAUUCACCAGAUGGCAGUUUCUUGGCUGUGGGUUCACACGACAACUUUAUUUACAUUUACAGUGUGUCUGAAGGCGGCCGGCGUUAUGCUCGAUUUGGAAAGUGCACGGGGCACUCAAGUUUCAUCACUCAUCUUGACUGGUCCAAAGAUGGAAAGUACAUUAUGUCCAACUCUGGCGAUUACGAAAUCCUUUACUGGGACAUUGCUGGAGGCUGUAAGCUGCUGAGAAAUCGUUUUGAGAGCAAAGACAGAGAAUGGGCAUCUUAUACCUGUGUGCUUGGAUUCCAUGUCAUGGGUGUUUGGAUGGAGGGAUCAGAUGGGACAGACAUCAAUGCCUUGUGUCGCUCUCACAGCGAGAGAGUAGUGGCAGUGGCUGACGACUUCUGUAAAGUUCACCUUUUCCAGUAUCCCUGCCCCAAACUGAAGGCACCCAGCCACAAAUAUGAGGGCCAUGGAAGUCAUGUGACCAACGUACGCUUCACGCACAACGACAGCCACCUCCUGUCCAUAGGCGGGAAAGACACCUGCAUCCUGCAGUGGAGAAUCAGAGGAGGCCUCACUGGUGAGGUCAAAGAUCCCCCAUCCUCCUCUCCACUGUCAACCUCCACCAGCUCCCCAGAGCCAGGAUCCCAGCAAGACAAAGACAUGGAGUGAGAGCAGGCACGGGUGAGGAAAGAAAAAUGACAGGACAUACGUUAUGUGUGGGUAAAAAUAAUUAAAUCAGUCUUAGCUAGUCUAUGCAAUGGCAUACACAUCCAGUGGUUAUUUCAUUACCACAGGGUCAGAACAAGUAUGACAAUUCACUACUUUGGUAUUCACUCAUUUGUAUUACUUAAAUGUAUUGUGAACAGGGUUACAGCUCCCAACUGUUCAUUAAACUACAUUAUCCUCCCAGCAUGCUACUUUGUUCCUCAGCCAUGCUUUCAGACAUCUCGAGGUAAAUGAUUGAGCUUAAUGCAGAAAAUGAACUGACCUGCAGUCAUGGUGUGGACUAAGUCAAAUUUAAAUUUAUCUUUUGAUAACACACACAUUAAUUU